AGUAGACUGGGCUCGGUCCGAAGCUGAUCUGGCCAGUUGCCUUUAGUCUUUAGUGUGUUCUGUGGAGUGGAGUGCUGUGCGUUCGGAUCGGAUCGGAUCGCUCGGUUGUGUGUUUUCAGUAGGGUCCCGUCGAACAGUCCCUUUAGAUUCCUGCCCAACGACGGUAACAUAAAAAUUAAUAUUCAACGAGGACAGAGCAAAUAAUUGUGCAGGCUUAAGUGUAUAGGGCAUCAUGUUGCCCUUCUGGAAGCGGCUGCUGUAUGCCGCUGUCAUCGCGGGAGCGUUAGUCGGUGCCGACGCUCAAUUUUGGAAGAAAGCCGGUAUGACUGGUUCGAUCCAGGAUGAUUUCAAUAAAACUGCAAAUAUAUCCCCAUACAACUACGAAAACUACGACGUCCUUGACUCCAACUCCGCAAGGAAUGGUGUGCCGCAGUCAAGUAACUGUACGGCUGGGUACGCGGGCUGCGUACCCAAGUGCUUGGCCGAGAAGGGCAGCCGGGGUAUGCCGGGUCCGCUUGGACCGACGGGACCCAAGGGCGAGAUCGGAUACCCCGGCCAGGAGGGACCUGUGGGCGAUAAGGGCCAGAAGGGUGACCCCGGUCCAUAUGGACCACGUGGCUACAAGGGUGAGCGCGGAUCAACAGGUAUUCCCGGCAAGGCUGGCGUAUCCGGUGUUCAGGGUUCUGCUGGCAAUCCUGGUCCCAAGGGCGACAAUGGCAAGGACGGCUGCAAAGGCAAAGACGGCCUGCCCGGUCUGGAUGGUCUGAGCGGAAUGGCGGGACCUCGUGGCUUUCAAGGUCUGUCCGGCAGCAAGGGCGAGAAGGGUGAGCCGGCCAAGGAGAACGGAGAUUAUGCCAAGGGCGAGAAGGGUGAGCCCGGAUUCGCGGGCACACCCGGCUUUGCCGGAAAACAGGGCAAUCCCGGCGAAAAGGGCGACCGUGGCGACACCGGACCCUAUGGUGCCAAAGGACCUCGAGGUGUAAGCGGCCUGAAGGGCGAUAGAGGUGCUUCCUGCUUUGGACCCUUGAAGCCCGGAGCACCGGGUGCGAAGGGUGAGAAGGGCGAACCGGCUGGGAACAGUGGAUCCAGUGGAACAUUUAGCAAGCAAGGACCACGCGGCGACACCGGAGAGAAGGGAGUGCCAGGACCGAGCGGCCAGAAGGGUGAGCGCGGCGAUGAGGGCGACACUGGAAAUGAUGGCCCGAAGGGUGAGAAGGGUCUGCCCGGCGUCCCAGGAGGUCCUGGUCGCCAAGGUAACUUCGGACCCCCAGGAUCCAUCGGCCAAAAGGGAGAUCGCGGUGAAAUGGGUCUAAAUGGUCUGGCCGGCAAUCCAGGAAUGAAGGGAGAGCCAGGACUUGCGGGCCAGACAGGACAGCAGGGUCUGCUAGGUCCUCCCGGACCGCCCGGUGGUGGGCAUGGAACACCCGGACCCCCCGGCCCACAAGGACCUCGCGGCUAUGGCGGCUUACCCGGACCCCAGGGAUUAAACGGAGCUGACGGACAGCCAGGACCGGAGGGAUACACCGGACAGAAGGGAGGCGCUGGCUUGCCCGGACGUACUGGCAAUGAAGGACCACCUGGCAGAAAGGGCGAUAAGGGAACAGCCGGACAAGAUGGACCCCCGGGCCCAGUGGGACCCAUUGGACACCAAGGACCAACGGGACAGGAGGGAAAUAAGGGAGACGCCGGCACGCCCGGCGUUGGCAUUCAAGGACCUAAGGGUGAAGACGGCUUGCCUGGAUACCCCGGACAAAAGGGAAGCAAGGGAGAACGCGGCUUCAAGGGUAACUCUGGUGUUCCCGGUGACUCCAAGCUGGGCCGCCCAGGAGCCCCCGGCUUAGUUGGUCCAACUGGCCAAAAGGGUGAUAUCGGUCGCCCCGGAACUAAUGGCCAAAAGGGUGAGAUGGGUAUUAAGGGAGAAGUCGGCGGCAAGUGCUCAUCCUGCAGGAGCGGUCAGAAGGGAGAGAAGGGUACGAGCGGUCUGGCCGGAGUUCCCGGAAAAGAUGGCGAGCGAGGUGCGACUGGAGAGCGAGGCUAUCCCGGAGAGCGUGGACACGAUGGAAUCAACGGCCAAACAGGCCCACCUGGCGAGAGGGGACAGGAUGGUAUGACUGGCGCCCCUGGAGCAGAUGGUGCCCCCGGCAAACCGGCCAUUCUUGAUAUGAGCUCGGUAAAGCCCAUCAAGGGUGAGAAGGGACUUACUGGCCAGGUUGGCUAUCCCGGAUCAAAAGGAUUUACCGGACCGAGCGGUCAACCUGGUCAGCCUGGCGCCAGGGGAGAGGUCGGAUUGAAGGGCGACAAGGGCUUUUCUGGACCCCCAGGCAUCGAUGGAAGACCUGGCCGCCAAGGACAAGAUGGUUUCCCCGGAACCGACGGCGUUUCUAUCAAGGGUGACCAAGGUGCCCAUGGAUAUAACGGAGAGAAGGGAGACAAGGGUAGGAUGGGUCCUCCCGGCAGCAGUGGAGAGCCCGGCAGCUGCAAGCCCGACGAUUUGGUGUUACCCCCCAAGGGCAGCAAGGGUGAGCCCGGUCCGCAAGGUGACUUUGGACCUAUGGGAGGGCUUGGCGAGAAGGGAUCAAUCGGAGACAAAGGAGCCAAGGGUGAUACUGGUCUAACUGGACUUCCCGGCCCUGAGGGACCCCGCGGCUUGACUGGACAACGCGGCGAAAAGGGCAACGAGGGAUCAAUUGGUGCCCCCGGCAAUCCCGGCAAGGAUGGCUUCCGCGGCGUACCCGGACGCAAUGGACAACCCGGUGCAAGGGGCGAGCCUGGAAUUUCGGUGGCAGGACCCAAGGGUCCGCCUGGUCUGAAUGGUCUGCAAGGCGAGAAGGGCAACCGCGGCAUAUCCGGACCGCCUGGUCCGCCAGGUAGCGAUGGCAGCGUUGGAUAUCCAGGUGAUAGAGGCGACGCCGGCAUGCCCGGACAAUCCGGCCGUACGGGACCUGUUGGCGAGAAGGGAGAAGUGGGUCCGGUCGGCCCCGCCGGUCCUUCUGGACCUCCAGGCCUUCCCGGUAUGGACGGCGUUCAGGGAAAAGAUGGCGCCCCGGGACAACGCGGAGAUAACGGCAUGGUCGGCAUGCCCGGCAACAAGGGAGAACGCGGCGCUGUUGGCAAUGAAGGACCCAAGGGCUUCACUGGCGUCCCUGGUGCUAUCGGCAAGCGCGGACUUCCAGGAGCAGCCGGAGUCUCUGGUGCCAAGGGAGAUAAGGGAGCUGCUGGCUUGACUGGCAACGACGGACACCCAGGAGGCCGUGGUCCUCAGGGAGCUCCCGGCUUAGCGGGAGUGAAGGGUGACCAAGGAUUGCCUGGUGUCCCCGGACAGCCUGGUGCGGACGGAUUGAAUGGCGAGAAAGGUGCCCAGGGACUGCCCGGCUUCGAUGGAGCUCCCGGCUUGCCCGGCGACGCCUCUGAGAAGGGACAGAAGGGUGAGCCCGGCAUUUCCGGACUUCGUGGCGAUACAGGUCCGUCCGGAGAGCCGGGUUGGCCCGGUGAGAAGGGUUUGCCCGGAUUGGCUGUUCACGGACGUCCUGGUCUGCAAGGCGAGAAGGGCGACACUGGACGCAACGGCUUCGAUGGAGCCGACGGACUUCUCGGCGAGAAGGGCGAACAAGGAAUACAGGGCAUUUAUGGCUUGACCGGAGAGAAGGGAUCUGUCGGUGCACCCGGUAUUCCAGGUGUUCCUGGACUGGAUGGCCUGCCCGGCGCACCCGGUGCUCCUGGUCCUGUCGGCUAUCCUGGUUUGCAAGGAGACAAGGGUCAGGUCGGUUUAACCGGACUGAACGGAAUCAAGGGUGAUAUUGGACCCGUCGGACCCCAAGGCUUUGUGGGCGCUCCUGGCGUUAAGGGCGAGCGCGGUAUUCGUGGUCAGCCCGGUAUUUCAGCUGUCAUCGACGUGGAACGCCUUCGUGGAGAUAAGGGAUCGCAGGGCGAGCGUGGAAUCGCCGGACAAAAGGGCGAACAGGGCGCACGAGGCGAACAAGGUGCUACUGGCUACGUGGGAAGCAAGGGUGAUCGCGGUUUCGAGGGACUCCCUGGCGCCAACGGAUUAAAUGGUUUGCCAGGUCAAAAGGGUGACAUCGGACUUACAGGAGAGUCCGGCUAUCCAGGACGUUCUACUAAGGGCGAGAAGGGUCUGCCCGGUCGCCCCGGCAGGAACGGACGUCAAGGUGUUUUCGGACCUCCUGGAAUCAAAGGUGACCGCGGUCUACCGGGAUUGGCCGGUGAGCCCGGUCUGGUGGGCAUGCCUGGAAAACUUGGACCAACUGGCAGCAAAGGAGAGCGUGGUUUGGCCGGCAGCCCCGGACCAGCAGGACAGGAUGGCUUCAACGGCGCCUCCGGACCAAAGGGAGAUGUGGGAGCGCAGGGUUUCAAGGGCGAACGUGGACUCAGCGGCUUAGAGGGACAGAAGGGAUACAAGGGCGACCAGGGACUCCAAGGCCCUCCUGGUCUGCCCGGAUUGGUCGGAGCAAAGGGAGACAGAGGCUUCCCCGGAGUACCCGGAAAUGAAGGACUUCCUGGCCGGGCUGGCGAAACUGGCUACGCCGGAGCAAAGGGACGCGAUGGACUCGACGGACAACCGGGUAUUCGGGGACAGAAGGGCGAGCCGGGAUUGGUGCAACCACCGGGACCCAAGGGAGAACCAGGUCAGCCGGGUCGCAAUGGACAAAAGGGAGAAGUCGGACGUCCGGGAGAGACUGGCUUGAUCGGCCUUCAGGGCGAGCGAGGCCAAAAGGGUGAGCACGGCCUGAUCGGAGCGACUGGACGCGUGGGUCAACCCGGUCCCAAGGGAGAUCGCGGAGAGCAGGGCCCACAGGGUUAUCGAGGAGCGGAUGGUUUGAUCGGAGUGAAGGGCGAACAGGGUGCUCCCUGCUCCGCCGCCCUGGACUACCUCACCGGCAUUCUGGUGACGCGUCACAGCCAAUCCGAGUCGGUGCCCAGUUGCUAUGCCGGCCAUACGGAACUGUGGACGGGAUAUUCCCUACUGUACGUCGAUGGCAAUGACUAUGCCCACAACCAGGACCUCGGAUCCCCCGGAUCCUGUGUGCCCAGGUUCUCGACGAUGCCCGUUUUAUCCUGCGGUCAGAACAACGUCUGCAACUACGCCUCGCGCAACGACAAGACCUUCUGGCUGACCACCAACGCCGCCAUUCCAAUGAUGCCCGUGGGAAACAACGAUAUCAAGCAGUACAUCUCGCGAUGCGUCGUCUGUGAGGCGCCUGCCAAUGUGAUCGCCGUGCACAGUCAGUCGAUAGCGGUCCCCGACUGUCCGAAUGGCUGGGAGGGCAUCUGGAUCGGCUACAGCUUCCUCAUGCACACUGCUGUGGGCAACGGAGGCGGUGGACAGGCGCUGCAAUCACCCGGAUCCUGUUUGGAGGACUUCCGCGCCACACCCUUCAUCGAGUGCAACGGCGCCAAGGGCACGUGCCACUUCUACGAAACGAUGACCAGCUUCUGGAUGUUUAACCUGGAGUCCUCUCAGCCGUUCACAGCGCCCGAGCAGCAGACAAUCAAGGCCGGAGAUCGGCAGUCGCAUGUAUCCAGGUGCCAGGUGUGCAUGAAGAACUCGUCGUAGGACCUCGUAGUAGCACCCCCACAGACACCCAGCACACAGCAUAAGUUUAAUCUAAAUGUAAAGCCCUAAAUAUACCAACGAAUCGUGUGGACACACCUACACACACAAGCACACACUCACAACACACAAACAAACAAAACACACACACACCGACGAACCAACACUGCUACAAAUUCCUUAAACUAAUCAAAAAAGAAAAACGGGGCCAACGGUCGAAGUGCUAAAAACCGACCUCUUGGUCCACAAUGCCAUUUUUUAUCUGCCAAUUAAUGUUCUAAACAAUUGUAAACUGCUUCUAAGUUACGUUACGUAUGUUAAGUAAAUCAAACAAAUAAAUAAACUAGCCUCGGUCGUAUGUCGAAAAAUAAUAAACACCACUCUGCUGCGAGAGCAAUAUCCA